CGUAGCCGCAAGCGUAGCCGUGGGUCUGCGUCGGCCAGGGGCUGGACAGCCACCCGCGCUGCGACGGCCGCUACCUGCCUGCCGGUGGCCACUGCGAGCACGUCACCUCUGAAGACAAUGAGUCGGCGCUUCUUGGCCUUCAUCUUCCUGUUAUGGUGCCAGCGGCUGCGCCUCUGCCUGUGCCGGCAGGGCCCGGUCUUCCUGCAGGAGCCGCCGCAUCGCGCACACUUCUCCAACUCGACGGGCGCCGCCCUGCACUGCUCGGCGCACGGCGACCCGCCGCCGAGGAUCUCGUGGCUGGCGUCGGACGGCAGCGAGGCGUCCGCGGUGCCCGGGCUGCGGCAGCUGCUGGACAACGGCACGCUGCUGCUGGCGCCCUUCUCGGCCGACCAGUACCGCCCGGAGGUGCACAGCGCCGCCUACCGCUGCGCCGCCACCAACUCGGUGGGCACCAUCGUCAGCCGGCGAGUGCACGUCAGGGCCGCGGUGAUGAAGCAGUACUAUGAAGUGCAGGUGUACGACGAGUUCGUAAUGGUUGGCAACACUGCGGUUCUUCGCUGUCACGUGCCGUCCUUCGUCAGGGACUACGUCAUUGUCACCUCGUGGCUGCGAGGCAGCACGGACCGCAUUGUCACCGACAUCGACUCUGGCGGCCGGUACUCAGUGUUUCCCUCUGGAGAGCUGCACAUCCGGCACGUGACCCCGGCCGACGGCGCGCUGCCCUACCGCUGCGAGACCAGGCACCUGCUCACCGGGGAGACUCGGCUCAGCGCCGCAGCUGGCAGACUGCUGGUGACGUCACCACAGAGCUCGGUGCCACCGCGCAUCACGGACUCGCGCAGCCACGUGCAGGCCCGCUACGGACAGCCCGUGGAGCUGCCGUGUGCCGCCCAGGGCUUCCCGCUGCCCUCCUACACGUAA